AUGCUCGACACGUCCGCGUCGCGACGCGUCGUUCGCCCGUACCGCGCGCUCGACGCGCGCUCGACGCGCUCGAACGUCGUCGAUCGACGAACGCGCGUCGUCACCCGCGCCGGCCCGAAAAAUCGACUUCGCGAGAAAGAAUUACGAAAAGCGAGCGAACGCGACGGCCUCGAGCGCUCGGACGGGACCAAGGGCUCGGGCGCGAAGUGUGCGCCCGCCGGGAGCGACCGCGCGGUCGACGCGCGGUCGAAGCGCACGCCGGUGCAGCGUUUCGUGCGAAAGGUUCAGCGAAAAGCGAAAAAAGCGGCGCAGCGAGCGGUCGACGCGCUCGUUCCGACGAGCGAUCCGCUCGCGAGACGGAGCGAGGUGACGAGCGCGCGUGUGGGCGUGCCGACGACGACGGCGCGGUACCGAAACGCGAGGCGUGGGGCGGAUGGAGAGGCGGGACGGGCGACGAUCGCGUGGGGGACGCUCUUCGCGCUCGCGUGGUUGGCGCUCAAGGUGAUUAAUCGCGAGAAUCCGUUGCGAGCGAUCGGUGGGGCAUUGCGCGGGAUGAGAAAGGGUGGGACGAAUCGUCCGCCUCCGCGCGAUGCGAGCGGACCGGGACGGUGGGUGAUCGAUCGAAGCUUGGGAGGGAAGACGAUUUGGGUGCCGGACGCGAACGAUCGAUACCGCGACGAGCGAAGGCGGUUGGAGGGUGCUCUGGACGAUAUGCCCGGCGGUACGCAGGGAGAUGCACGCGCUCGAGCGAAGGGACCUUCGGCGGGGAAAGCGAGCGUGGAUUCGAAGCCUUUGCCCGCGUGGUGGGUUGCGCCGACGCCGCAGUAUGUGCCGCCAGGUCGAAAAGACGAGUUGAUCCUCACGGCGAAGGCCGAGGGCUCCAAGCUCGCUCGAAACCGCGUGAGUGGCGUUGGAUUUAGUGCGGACGCCAUCGUCGAUUUCAGGAAUGCGUGCGCCGCGGCGGGCGAACGCGGAUGCGCGGUAAAAUCUGUCGGUCCGGAGAGCGCCAGAGUUGCCGUUUUCCGCGCGGCGGCUGACAUCGCGGUGUCGGACGCCCUUAGGGGCCAAGCGGGAGCGAUGAGCUCGUUCGGUGCCCCCGUUGGAUCGUUCCUCGUUGGCCUUGCGGAUGACUUGGAGCUCGAAGCGCACAAGUGCGUUUCCAUCGUCAUGGCGGAUGUCGCGGUACGCGUGAGAGGCGUCGUCAUUCAAGCCAGCGCUGGCUUACGAAGCAACGACUCCGUGGCCACCAUACUCGAGCUUGACAAGCUCGUAAAUUUGUUUAACGCGUUUCCGUUCGCUGCGGACGCCGCCGAGCUCGACAUGCUCGCCGUGGGUUUCCGCUCGAGGCUUUCCGAGUCCGAACGCGAGCGCAUCGUCGCGGAAUACCAAGCCGUGAGUGGCGGUGCGCACGUCGACGUCGUUCGCGCCGCCGUCAUUGGCCCUGCCUCCUCCGUCUACGAAUAG